ACAGUGUAAUUGAUAUUCAAAUACAAUGGUUCAAAAAGUUCUUUUAUUAGGUUCCGGAUUUGUUGCCAAGCCAACCGUCGACAUCUUGGCCCAAACUUCAGGUGUUGAAGUCACCGUUGCUUGUCGUACCCUCACCAAGGCCCAAGCUUUGGCUGGAUCAGUGGCCAAGGCUAUCUCGCUUGAUGUCACCGACGAAGCUGCUCUUGAUGCUCAAGUUGCCCAAUUCGACUUGGUCAUCUCCUUGAUUCCAUACACUUACCACGUUAAUGUCGUCAAGGCCGCCAUCAAGAACAAGAAGCAUGUUGUUACUACUUCUUACAUCAACCCACAAUUGAAGGCUUUGGAACCGGAAAUUGAAGCUGCUGGCAUUACUGUCAUGAAUGAAAUUGGGUUGGACCCAGGUAUCGAUCACUUGUAUGCUGUCAAGACCAUUGAAGAAGUGCAUGCUGCUGGUGGUAAGAUUACUUCCUUCUUGUCCUACUGUGGUGGGUUACCAGCUCCAGAAAACUCCGAUAACCCAUUAGGUUACAAGUUCUCUUGGUCUUCUAGAGGUGUCUUGUUGGCAUUGAGAAAUUCUGCCAAGUACUGGAAGGACGGCAAGAUUGUUGACGUUUCUUCUGAAGACUUGAUGGCCUCUGCCAAGCCAUACUUUAUCUACCCAGGUUAUGCUCUUGUCGCUUACCCAAACCGUGAUUCUACCACUUAUAAGGAAUUGUAUAACAUUCCAGAAGCUGAAACUGUCAUCAGAGGUACUUUAAGAUUCCAAGGAUUCCCAGAAUUCAUCAAGGUUUUCGUCGACACUGGUUUCUUGAAGGAUGAAACCAGUGAAAUCUUCUCAAAGCCAGGUCCUUGGAAUGAAGCCACUGCUCAAUUAGUCGGAGCCGCUUCUGCCAGUGAAGCUGAUAUCAUUGCAAAGAUCAACCAAUUGACCAAGUUCAAGUCUCCUGAAGACCAAGAACGUAUCAUUUCUGGUAUGAAGUGGUUGGGCUUAUUCUCAUCCAAGACCAUCACCCCAAGAGGUAACCCAUUAGACACCCUCUGUGCUACUUUGGAAGAAUUGAUGCAAUACGAAGAAGGUGAACGUGAUUUGGUUAUCUUACAACACAAAUUCGGCAUUGAACAUGCCAAUGGUGAAAAGGAAGUUAGAACUUCUACCUUAGUCGACUAUGGUGAUCCAAAGGGCUACUCUUCUAUGGCCAAGUUGGUUGGUGUUCCAUGUGCCGUUGCAACUCAACAAAUCUUGGAUGGUACUUUAUCCAAGAGAGGAUUGUUGGCUCCAAUGUCUUCUGACAUCAACGACCCUAUCAUGAAGACCUUGAAGGACGUUUAUGGUAUUUACUUGGUUGAAAAGACUAUUUCUUAGAUCUAUAUAGAUUGUAUUAACACUGUUAAGUAUGAAACUAGUCGUAGAACUCAUCAUCAUCCAGAUCGUACUCUCCCCAGUGAUACUCUUCCAUUAUACUGCUGAGAUCUUCAACAAGCUCGCUCUUAUCCUCAACGAUUUUAAUCAAGUCGGGAUGAUUGCUGCGAGAAACGAUUUGUCGAUAUCCUUUCAAUUGGUCAUACAUUCCAGGAUGCACAUUGAACUCAGUAUGGAAUUUGGAGAAUUUUAGAAUGUCACUGGGGAAUGAGUCUGAGCCGAGGAUGUUGGUAAUACUAUUGUUGAUAUAAAUGUUGGGCGUUGGUUGUUGCUGUAUAUCAUUAACGUAGUCUUUCGUGACAACAAGAUUCUUGCUGAAGUAUUUGUUACCAGUGCUUUCUUGCUGAAUUCCCAAAUGUAUUUCCGGGUUUGUUGGUGCAGAUGGUGGGUGAGCAUAAUAAGCACUAACAUCAGCGAUAUCGGAAAUAAUGCCAUUUGUGGUGGAUGCAUCAGUUGCGGUGGAAGCAUCAGUAGCGAUUACUUUGAUUUCAUUGGCAAUCUUUCUCCCACCCAAGCCAUCUUCGAUCGAGAUCAUGGUUUCUCUAUCUUCAAUUUGGUUAAGCAAACCCCAGAGGGAGUUUGCGAAUACAGAAUGAAUCGCGGAGCGAUGCCAAAGAGAGCCCAGGUCAUAGUCCACCAAAGGAGACUCAAUUUGGUCAAUCAAUGGAAACAUCAAGCUCAGACUCUUGUACAACUCUACAAUUCCCUUGAUUCUAUUCAAAGUAGACCUGCUAUUAUCGUUUGAACUGGCCAGUGCAAAAGUCCACACAUCGACCUUGUUGAAAUAUUCAUCGGUUAUCUCGGUAAGCCAUUGAGAGGUGUAUCCUGCCCACGCAGAUUCCAAAUCGGUAAACACUUGCAAUCCAGUGAACAAAUCGCACUUUUCCAAGAAAUAUCGAAACUCAUCGUCUUCAAAUGACUCCUUGAACUCCUCGGCCCCCUUGUCGAAUGUAUCGAAUGACACCCGCGGGAACCGAUAAUGAUGGCCCUUGUCGGUGUCAUAUUCGUAUGAAGUUAUCGUUUGGAGUGAUCUCGGUGAAAAUAUCAAUCUAGUAUAAUCGGUCCAGUACUUGGUAUUGGCGGGAGUUAGUUUUGACGGUGGUUCACCGGCAUCUAGUCUUAAUUGAUAUUCACUUUUGGAAACUGUAUGGGUGUUCAAUUGCACAUGGGCGGCUAAAGAUUCGAUGGUUUCAUGAUAUUCAUAUUUAUUCAAUGCACCAUACCCACCACGGAGAUCAUAGAGU